CCUCACGAUUCAAGCCGGCCUUACUUCUCCUGUCCCGAGACCAUCAUUUUCACUUCAUCUCUCUCUCUCUCUCAAACAGAGACACAGCUACACCCAGUAAGGUCCGAAAUUUCAGGCAGAGGCACACUGUGACUAGUCAAAACAAGAUAUUAUCAACUUUCUGCUGAUGGGGGAGCUUUCGUUUUUCGAGAAGAUGAUGACUAAUGUCCGUGCAAAGUGCAAGUAUUACACUGGGUAUCCAAAGGAUCUGGGGUCAUCGAGGGUCAUUCAUUUUUCUUCAGAGCGGGAAUUUGUUCAUCUUCUACAUGAAGGCUACCCUGUGGUUGUUGCAUUUACCAUCAGGUGUAAUUACACAAAACAUCUUGACAAAGUACUAGAGGAAGCUGCUGUUGAGUUUUAUCCGCAUAUAAAAUUCAUGCGUGUUGAGUGUCCCAAAUAUCCUGGAUUUUGCAUAACGCGCCAAAGGAAGGAAUACCCGUUUAUCGAAAUAUUCCAUGGCCCAGAACAACUUGGUGAUUGAGGAUAUUUUAUACCUAUCAUGUUGGCUUU